AUGGAUAACGAGAAAAAAUUAGAAGGGAUGAUGGGGGAGGGAUUGGAGUAUGCUGAAACUAAUUUGUCAAGUUCUGAUGGAGAAGAACAAGCGAAGGAAAGGAAAAAAGAGAACGUACGAAAGAAGAGGAAUGAUCGACAAAAUCAAGAUAAAGAAAAAGACAAAGAGACCGAGAAAGAGGAUAAUGAAAAAGAAAAGGGGAAAGAGGUUGAACGACCAGAAAAGAAGCAAAGGGUUGGAAAGAAAACAUCGAGUGUGUGUGAUCAUUACACUAUGUUUCCUAAUUGUGAUCAUAAGAAGGCAAUGGCCGCUUGCAAUUAUUGUGGCACCGAUUAUGCGACUGAUACAAAGUUGAACGAGAUUAUGGGCACAUGUGGAGAGAAAAUAUCAGAAGAAAGAGCUGGAGUGAUUUUGGUGAAGCACAUAGUGUUGUUGACCACCGAUUGUUGGACAUCAAUCCAGAAUAUUAGUUAUUUGUGUUUGACUACACAUUGGGUUAAUGAUAAUUGGAAAAUGCAGAAGAGAAUUAUCAACUUUAUCCAAGUUCCUAGCCAUAAAGGGGACUUGGUGGGGAAAGAGUUGAUAAAUUGUCUCAAUGAGUGGGGUAUCUCCUCAGUUUUUGCAGUGACGAUUGACAAUGCCUCCUCAAAUGACGUUGCUCUUAGAAAAUUGAAGGGGCACUUGUUGGACAAAGACAAUACCAUUCCAUUGAAUGGCGAAAUGUUUCAUAUGAGGUGUUCAGCUCAUAUUUUGAAUUUGAUAGUAACUGAUGGGUUGAAAGAGUUUAAUGAUGCAAUUUCAAGCAUUUGA